CCUCACCCACCACCACAAUCCCAACUCUCAUUCGCGGCCAGCAGCUUGCUCCUACAAAAGCACCCGCACUCCCUCCUCAGUCCUCACCAUUCACACCACAAUCAACAUUUCAAUAUCCAAAGGGCUUCCACAAUCUCUCUCCUCCUACGUAAAAAAUCCCCUGCGUCGGCACCAAUAACGCCCAAAAGAACCAAAACAGGAACUGGUAUUGCUGGAGAGGUUGAGGCAAGAACCGAGUGUUUGAUACCAACGCAUUGGUUCUUCUUCAUCUGGGUAUCAUCGUUUCGUGCCUAGGACGACAAUGGUGUCGAUUGAUCAACAAGUACUUUGGACUUUUUUUGGCUCCCUGUUCGGGUUCUUUCUUCUCUACACUCUCUGUUGCAAUGCCAACAAAAGAAAGUUGAAGAACAAGGAUUUCCCAAAAGAAUGCGCCCACAGGAGCUUCACCGACGAAGAAUGCCGUCCCAUGGACGUCUCUGACGCUGAAGUCAUCAUCGUCGGCGCCGGUGUUGCCGGCUCUGCCCUCGCUUACGCCCUCGGCAGGGAUGGAAGACGGGUUCAUGUGAUCGAAAGAGACUUGACAGAGCCCGACCGAAUGGUUGGCGAACUUCUCCAGCCUGGAGGAUACCUGAAAUUAAUUGAAUUGGGCCUUGAAGACUGCGUUGAAGAAAUUGAUGCUCAGCGAGUGCAUGGAUAUGCUCUCUUCAAGGAUGGAAAAAAUGCUAGAAUGUCGUAUCCUCUGGAGAAAUUUCAUUCAAACGUGGCUGGAAGAAGCUUCCACAAUGGGCGUUUUAUACAAAGAAUGAGAAAAAAAGCAGCUACUCUUCUGAACGUGCGAUUACAACAAGGUACAGUAACAUCCCUCCUUGAAGAAGACGGGACUGUUAGGGGGAUUCAGUACAAAACUAAGGAUGGUCUAGAACAUAAAGCUUAUGCUCCUCUUACAAUAGUGUGUGAUGGUUGCUUCUCAAAUCUGCGUCGCUCUCUAUGUAACCCUAAGGUGGAGGUGCCCUCUUGUUUUAUUGGAUUAGUCUUAGAGAACUGUCAACUUCCAUUUGCAAAUCAUGGGCAUGUCAUUUUGUCGAACCCUUCACCCAUCUUGUUUUAUCCAAUCAGUAGCACCGAGGUUCGUUGUUUGGUUGACGUACCUGGUCAGAAAUUGCCUUCUGUUGCCAAUGGUGAAAUGACCAACUAUUUGAAAACAGUGGUGGCUCCACAGGUUCCACCAGAGCUUCGUGAUGACUUCAUAUCUGCAGUGGACAAAGGAAACAUCAGAACUAUGCAAAAUAGAAGCAUGCCAGCGGAUCCGCAUCUUACUCCUGGAGCCCUUUUAAUGGGUGAUGCUUUCAACAUGCGCCAUCCUUUAACUGGCGGUGGAAUGACUGUGGCACUUUCCGACAUUGUCAUACUCCGAGAUCUCCUUAAGCCACUAGAUAACUUGAAUGAUGCUGCUUCAUUGUCCAAAUAUCUUGAAUCCUUUUAUACCUUGCGCAAGCCGGUGGCGUCUACUAUAAAUACUCUGGCUGGUGCCCUCUACAAGGUGUUUUCUGCUUCGCCUGAUCCGGCUAGAAAGGAGAUGCGCCAAGCAUGUUUUGACUAUUUAAGCCUUGGAGGCAUAUUUUCAACAGGACCGGUGGCUGUACUCUCUGGUCUGAACCCUCGUCCAUUAAGUUUAGUCCUCCACUUCCUUGCAGUGGCAACAUAUGGUGUUGGUCGUCUUCUAUUGCCAUUUCCCUCACCGAAACACGUGUGGAUUGCAGCUAGAUUGAUUUCGUGUGCGUCUGGCAUAAUAUUUCCCAUCAUCAAAGCAGAAGGAGUGAGGCAGGUGUUCCUUCCAGCAACCAUUCCGGCAUAUUAUAGAGCUCCUCCCAUCAAAGAAGACAUGAAAAGGAGGGAACAAUUGACAAAGAUCAAGUAGCUUCGGUUUUGUACAUUGUGCCAAGCAAAAGGGAAGAUUUAUCAUAAGCAAGCAAACAGAGAAAUUUGUAUGCUAGCUUGAGGUUUCCACUAGAGAACAUUGUACAAUUAGAAAAUGUUGUUAGGAAUCUAUUUUGAAUGAAAAAGUCCCCUAUUUUAACUUCUGGAAUCCAACGGUUAGGGCAUUUUCAGAUUGAUUAUUCCUUUCGACUCUGUACAAGAAAUCCGUCCAUUUUAUGAAAGAAUGGGUAGGGGUUGGAUCAUGAGUCAGGGCUUGUAGAGGAUCUCCACCCUCCCACGGAUGGAUCGUAGAUCCUCGACAACCUCGUAGGGAGGAUCCGAGAGUGCAUGUCCUCCAUGAAUCUCUCUACGAUUCACUCUACGCUUGCUUGAAUGCAAAUUAGUCAUCCCUAGACUAUUUCCUUAUGCUUAUUUGACCAGAUUCUAGAUUUAUCAUUUAGGACAUUUCUUAACGAUAACUUUUCCUCUCAUUUUGCCAAAAGAAAAAAACUGACUAUAAUAUGAACUCAAACUUUUUCAACUUCCCUGAAAGCUAUCAAUUUUGGUAUUGAAGUCAAUGUCCCAAUGGAUUUGUUCUUCUUGACUUCGUGUUUCAUAUGCUAGCGUGUUUGAUGAACACCUCAAGAACAACAGUGGACCGUCAAGGCCCUGUGCUUGGCUUUGCCAUGGUCCUAGACUUCCGAAAGGCUUGCUUAUCAUCAAAUCACACGAUAAUAUGACAUCCGCCUAUUCCAUUAAACCUUCCUCUUCCCACAACCACGUUACACGCUAACACUUACUAGAUUAUUAAUGAAAUAGUGACGAACUGAAUUGUGAGGCCGCCUGUCAAUGAAAUAUGAAUGUGCCACCAAGACAUCACGAUAUUUUAUACCACACAGACAUCAUGGAUGCCACAAAAGGCAUCAAUAUAACACACACACACACACACAGAUACCAACGUCAUGGGUACACAGAUAAUCACUUCACUCACAAAAUAAAUUUCCAUGAAAUCAUAUAGGAAUAUUUGAGGUAUGACCAGCAUGUACGAUUCACAAAAUUUGUACAGUUCCCCAUAGGCAUAUCCAAAAUAGCAUAAAAGAUGCACGUAAUUAAACAGAAAUUUUGAGUCCAACGUGCAAAAUCUUAAAUUAGCAAGAGUAUUUAGAACUCACGAAGAAGUUACUUACCUCAUCCGCUCACCAAAAGUUGACACGUUUUUUAAAUACCAAAUAAUCACCCAUAUA